AUGGAUCUGACGACGGAUCCGACUGCGAGGGAAGAGCUGACUAAGAUGGAGAAGUGGCUGGACAAUCUCGGUCUCAUCGGAGUUGACUUCUCCAAUUUCACAGCCAGUUUCGCCUCGGCCCCCAACUCUCUGGACCAGUUGGACGCGUUUGCCGAGCUGAUGGCCCCGCCGAUCGUCGUGCACACAGGCCCGCCUCCACAGCCACAACAACAGCAGACGGUUCUUGCGACCACCACCAGUGCAAUGUCGAUUUCGAAUACCACCGGGACGGCCAAGUGUGUUUUUGAGAAACAUUUCUGGGAUUUAUAAUUUUAUGGUUUCAGUAGUGCUACGCUGGACUGGAUUGUCAGAAGUCUCUGAGUUUUUGUUCUCAUCUGCAUCAUCAUUGGGUGCGAGGUGAUGCGACGGAAAAGAGUGAAGGCGAAGGUCAAGGAAGAGAAGCAAAUAGCGUUGCCAAGCAGCAGUGCAAAUCAGGACGGAGGAUCGAACGCCGCAGCCAAACCACCGGUUUCGGUUCCGCCACAAAAAACGCCACAAACGCCACAAAAGGUUCCGCCACAAAUUUCUGAAAAGUCUCACCGAGAAAGUGUUGUCACUCGCCGAUACGCAAAAAAUUGAAAGUAAGUUACCCGACUCAACAGUUCGCAGCAUUCGGUCGCUUUUUUUCAGAACCCAAGACCAAAGCGGUGCCGAAGGAAAAAGUCAUUGAUUUCAUGCAAAGCCUUUACGAUAGCAUCAAAAACUUCAAGGAAGCGAUGAAAGUGUCGACCGUGAGGCUUGCGGUGAAGGGACUCAGCGGUUUCUUCAUUGGAUUCUGCGAAAAUCAGUUCUCGACAAUUCGUUUUUCUGCUGUCCGGUUGUUUUCUGUCGAUACUCGGCCCACUUUGAUGCAGGUUGUCGAAAAAACGAAAAAACGAUCGAAAAAACGCAAAGAAUUUUGCGAAACUAUUAGAGUCCCAAUCAUGUUGUCAGAUUCUCCGGAUUUUGAGUUCUUACCAGGAAAUGAUCUCAGAAAAAGUUGUCGCCCAACCCGAGGCUUAAAUAGGUCGCUGAAAGUGCAAUUAUGACUUUAGAAACGGAUUCUCCGCAUCAACAACUGUCGGAAAUCACUUUUCCUGAUAGUGUUCCGUAUUUCAGGCUUUGGCGCGAUUGAGUCCGAUUGAGAUCUGUCAUCCGUUGCUCCAUCGCCUAUUCGUCCACCACUGA